CCAAUGUUACUUCAAGUAUUGACAUGGUCUUAGUUGACGAGCAGGGAACCAGAAUACAAGCUACUGUCAAACGGAACCUGAUUGGUCAGUUUGAUGCCUUACUACAGGAAGGUGGAGUCCGUGUUCUGUCAAAGUUUGGCGUGGCGGAGAACAGUGGUAGGUUACUCUUGACAAGGCACCCUUGUAAGCUGAACUUUUACCGUCACACAACUGUGAGGAUGUCCAAUGACUGGACUGGUCCAGCUCAAUCAUUUCAACUUCGUUCGUUCAAUGACAUCUUGGCAAGGGAUUCUGAGGCAGCGUAUUCCUUUGCAUGUUUACCUUAUGUUGGUCUAACACAUUCCCUUUUUCCUACAAGGGGAACCAAGCUGAUGGGUGCUCUUUGGGAUGAGCACGCCAACAAACUGGAUGCAUUCCUGGCAGAUCCCCAUAGGAGUGACACCCGUGUCAUUAUGCUGCUGCAGUUUGCAAAACUGGGCGAAUGGGCAAAUGAGCCACAAAUCUCCAACUCAAUGUUCGGAUCGAAAAUCCUGAUUAAUGAAGAUUUACCAACAUUUGCUGAGUUCAAAGACAGGUUGAUGAAUGUCCAUGUUGACCCAACGGCUGAGAGGCUUUUGUCAUCAGCCACCGUCUUUUCUAACCCCGUUGAAUAUUGGUCAAGAUUUGAACACAAGGACAUUGAUGAGCUAAUGGACAUCACCGAGAAUCCAGAACGAAAACGGUUGGUUCUAUUGCUUGCACCAAAUGCUCUAAAAAGGUUGAGCGUCUUUACCAACUGGUGGAUGAGAAUACUGAUGAUGAGGGUGUUGCGUGCUUUGAAUGUGGUGUGA